UUCAUUCCCUCCCGUCCUCCCUCUCUCAAUUCUCAGCUCCCUGGGGCUAACCAACGCAAAGUCCACUGAGCCCUGAGCACCCCUCGCCGGCUACCGGAGCGCCGAUCUCCGACCUCUCCAGUGUAGAUCGUCGACUCGCUGCGACGUCUGUUCGAGACAAAUCACCCACCGUGGAACCAUAACAAGCUUAACCAGUCCUCAGGUUUAGGGAUGCACAAGUAAAAGUUUUCAGCAACUGCUCUUUUGGAUGAGAAAAAAAUCUGUUCCCAUUGGACCUGUUGUUUUGAUUGAGGUUGCUUUUUCUAUGCUUACUGGUAGAAACCUUCCUCUUGUCAGGAAAACUAAGUUGUUUCCCACGUUGCAAGUGCCAGCAUUAGCCCCUAGAAACUAUCAUCGACGCUGAAAGACUUCUGCAGGAUCAGGUGUCGGGGAGGAUACUCGCGUCGGGGCCUAAAGGAGCAAAAGGCAAAUGUCUGCUGCACAAGAAGGACACCAUGGUCGACACAAGGCAGAAUGGACGCCAACUCGUGAUGCUUAUUUGGUUGAACUUUUUAUUGAGCAACACAAUUGUGGAAGAACUGCAUAUAAUGAAUUUAAAAAUGAAGUAUAUAGAUCUGUUACGCGCGAUUUUAAUAAGAAGUUUGGUAUGAAUCUGGAAGAGAACCAAAUAAAAAACCGCUAUAAUGUGAUGAAGAAAGAUUAUGGUGUUGUUAAAACCCUACUCAGCCACACUGGUUUCCGCUGGGAUGAAACUCGACAGAUGGUUGCAGCUGACGAUAAAGUUUGGGACAGCUAUAUUGCGGUAAGAUGCGAAGCAAGACCAUUCCGACGCAAGAGUUUUCCUCUUUAUAAGCAGAUGUCCAUUAUAUUUGAAGGAGAAAGAGCUACCGGCAAAUACCAAUUUCCAAGUGGAGUGCUUAUAGCACCCGAAGAGGGAAAUAGCAACACAGAAACGGUGCGAUCUUCAGAACCCACCAACCUACCAACUCAAGUAGUUGACGGUGCCCUUGAUUCCGAUUCAAUAUUCCAUACAAAUGACAUGCAACCUAAGAAGCGCAAAUCUAUUGCUCCAACCACUUUUGAUCACAAGAGAAGGGCUUACGAAAUCGGAGACAAAAUAGAGCAUGCCCUGCACGAGAUAUUCUCAUCAGCCAAGUUCAAAGCUGUGCAAAACAAUGGAUUAAAUGAGAAAACAUUGUACCAAAAGUGCUUGGAGGAGCUGCAGAAAAUCGAGGAGUUGGAUGACUCAGAGUUUGUGAAGGCUGUUAAUGUCCUCAAAGACGAUAAGAAUGCAAUUGCUUUUAUGACAAUCAGAGGUGCUCGCCGAUUAAUCUGGUUGAGGUCACUGUGGCAAGCAUAGCAAUUUUAUCUACUAGUUUGGUCCCGAUAUUUUAUGCCAUUUUUCAAAUCUUACACUAACUUUAUUACCAUACUUCCUUUUGUUGCACCCAUAGUUCUGUUUGUGCAUGCAUCUGCAGGAGCCUGUUCAUCCUGACCAAAGCCUCUCCUGUUUGUUUGUUCAAAAUUUUCCUGAAUUAUGAUAUAAUAAUUUCACUAGCUGUUUGGAAAA